CUGCUGACGGGGCACGGCCUCCCGAGUUCGUCGGAAGAGGCGUGGCUGCCGCUCACGAGCGGCCGCGGAGGAGGCGGGCCCGGGGGCCGGGGCUCGACGAGGGGGCGGUGGUCGGUGGCGCGCGGCGCGGCGCGGCGCGGCGGUUUCCUCGGUAACGGCGCGAGCGGCGGCGGCGGCUGGUGGCGGGCCGGGCCGGGUCUGGGCGGCAUCUUGCGGGCCGAGGUGAUAUCUGUGUAUUUGAGCAAGAAUUAUGGGAUUGUUUGAUAAGCUAGCAGGAUGGCUUGGGCUGAAGAAAAAGGAGGUUCAUGUUUUGUGCCUUGGUUUGGACAACAGUGGCAAAACAACAAUCAUAAAUAAACUUAAACCUUCAAAUGCUCAAACUCAGGACAUAGUUCCAACAAUAGGAUUCAGUAUAGAGAAAUUUAAGACAUCCAGUUUGUCUUUCACAGUGUUUGAUAUGUCAGGCCAAGGCAGAUACAGAAACCUCUGGGAACAUUACUACAAAGAAGGCCAAGCCAUUAUUUUUGUCAUUGAUAGCAGUGACAAAUUAAGAAUGGUUGUGGCCAAAGAAGAACUUGACACCCUUCUGAAUCAUCCAGGAUACAGCCUUCAAAGAAUUGCAAUUACAGAUAUUAAGCACCGUCGUCUGCCUAUUCUGUUCUUUGCUAACAAGAUGGACCUCAGGGAUGCAAUAUCAUCUGUGAAAGUAUCUCAGUUAUUGUCAUUAGAAAACAUCAAAGACAAACCCUGGCAUAUCUGUGCCAGUGAUGCUCUCAAAGGGGAAGGAUUACAAGAAGGUGUGGAUUGGCUCCAAGAUCAGAUCCAAGCAAUGAAGACAUGAGAGGUCAAUAAAAGAUAUAUGCCAUUGUCUUGUAAACUUUAUCAAUAGAUGUACAGGCCUCUUGGAAAGGAAGAAAGAUUUAAAGAAAACAAACAGUUCAGCUAAAUAUUCUGUAUUCUUUUGUUUCCUUUUAGUAUCUCUAAGUAACUGAAUCUUUUAGAAAACAUAGCACCUCAGGUAUGCACAUCCAUGCAUUAAAUUGAAUCUUGUGACUGGAGAGCAUAUUAAAACAAACAAACAAAAAAAACCCUCUUUGUGUUAACUGUAAGCAUCUGCAAUCAUUUGAAUUUUAGGUGAGAAUUAUGUCCUCUAGAUAUCCAGAAGUGUUCCACUGUUUUUUUGAUAUACCUUUUGAGAAAACAAGAAUGUUAGUAUGCCAGAGGGUGAAUAAUAGCACUUUCUGAAAUAAGCCUGCAUGAGGUACCUAAAAAUGGGCACCUAAAAUCAGCAGGUAUUUCUGGAAUUUUUUACCAUAUACAUUGAUGUUGGGUUUUUUAGUAAAACUGUCUAAUAUAGGGUACUAGAAGAAUAUUUUGAUUGAAGAUAUAAUGAUUCAAAUAUGAAAUGUAUUUGUUAUAAAUGAUUGCGGAUGUUUUUAAGGAACCGCUUAUAAUGAAAUAUUUUGAAUUGUGUUUGUGAUGUGCCACGGUUAUAUUUACAUUCCUAUCAAUAAAACCUUAAGUUAAAAAAAGACAUGUAUAUUUGAAUAUGUUCAGUGAUGGUCUUGCUAUCAUAGAGAUUUUUACAUUUCAGUUAGUUUCAUUUGGAAUUUAUUUGGCCAUCUUCCGCUGGAAAUAGAAUUCUGUACUGUAAUAAAACCAAAUGUCUUGCCUCAAGGUUUAUUUGAACUGCAUAUAUUUGUUACACUCUCUGAUAAGCUAGACUUCUAUUCCAGGUUUUUAGAGAAAGUAUGGUUGAAAGUUGUAUUUUGUGAACACAGUUAAGGGACAGUUCACUACAUCAUUAAUAUGAAAUAUGUCUUAUACUUUUGUUGUGUAUGAAAACUAUUCUACUUUCAAGAAUGAUUUUGAGUAAACUUUGUCUUCAAAGAUGCACUCUAGGUAACAAAUUGAGUGGCUGCUAAGAACUUUAUUUUUAUAAUGCCACCUCUUUUCCUUUUUUCCUCUCUCCCCCUCUCUAAGAAAGCAAGAAGUCUAGCACUGGGAAUGAUGAAGACUAUUUAACUGAGUGACUAGCUGACUCCUGUGGGAGAUGUAGUAUGUUGGUCUUGCAAAUGCUUUUUUCCCCCUCACUAACAUACAAAACAAACGCUCUGUAAGCCUGCCUUCUAGGUCUCACUUAAUAAAGGAAUACUUAGAGCAAAGGGAACUGCUUGAAAUGGUAGAACAGUUUCUACGUGCUUUCAGUUAAAUCAUUAUUAAACUGUUAAAAAUAACUCUCCUCAUUUGCCAGAGGGAACUGAGUCUUACUCUAAGAUCUUUCCUAUAGGAUGUUUUAAAUCUGACAGUUCUGUUUGUCAUGAAGGUACUAAUGCUUCAAGUCCCUUUCCAUGAUCUCUUUGGCCUUCUCUCAAUUCUGAAUUUAAGUGUGUGCAAAAUGAAAUACAAUCCUGAUUUCCUGUUUUUUUUGUAUUUUUUUUUUUUUUUUACUCUGAAUUCUGUGGCAGAUGACAUUCUGAUUUAUUUUGCAUUGGAUAAUAUGUUAACAAGAAUAACACUUGCUGGAAAUGUAGUUUUCUCAGUAUAAAUAUUUUGUAAUUAUUUUGGUUCACUUAGAUAUUUUAUUUGAAUGAAAUACUUAAUUUGAAGUUGGCAUUUUUUUCUACCAAAGCAAAUAUUUAAGUUCUUAUAUAAAAGAUCUAGCUACAUUUCUGACUUUCUUGAAUAAAAAUGUUUCUGAAUUUGAA